UAAGCUUUUUGUCUGGCAUUGAUAAACAACAGCACUAAGGAUAACUAUCUCUCUCCAUCUCUCUGUCGGUUUGCUUCAGCUGCAAGGAUUAAUGGAUCAAACAAUCCGAAGCCAGAGUAACAGUAAGUAGCUGCCUGCCUGUCUAUCAUUUAAAACAAACAAAUGGGAAACUCUCAUGAUCAUGGACAUCGCCGCAAGUUCCGUGACAACGGAAACGUUCCUUUCCCCGAUAAAACUGCUGCAGCUCCUUCGGCAUCACAGCCUGUCCCACCCUUUAUUUAUCAACCCCAGAUUCCCACCUCAUCAACCCGCACACCUAAGAUGGCUACCGCUUUGCCUUACCCUCAUGUCGACUCUUCCUUACGUGCUCUUGCUGCCCAAGCCGAGGGCUUUGGUCGCUCUGCCACUGGUGGCCUCCAUGGCCCCAUUUAUUACGUCACUACCUUAGCAGAUGAUGGGCCUGGAUCACUUAGGGAUGGAUGUCGUAAAAAGGAGCCACUUUGGAUUGUCUUUGAAGUAUCAGGCACUAUUCAACUUAGAUCUUACUUGAAUGUUUCGUCUUAUAAAACCAUUGAUGGCCGGGGCCAAAGAAUAAAACUUACAGGCAAGGGUUUGAGGCUGAAGGAAUGUGAACAUGUUAUUAUAUGCAAUUUAGAGUUUGAAGGUGGUAGAGGACCUGAUGUUGAUGGCAUUCAGAUAAAGCCCAAGUCAAAGCACAUAUGGAUAGAUCGUUGCAGCCUUCGUGAUUAUGAUGAUGGGUUGAUAGAUAUCACACGAGAAAGCACAGAUAUUACUAUUUCUAGGUGUUACUUUGGGCAACAUGACAAAACAAUGCUAAUUGGAGCAGAUCCUACUCAUGUUGGUGACAGAUGUAUUCGAGUAACCAUCCAUCAUUGCUUUUUUGAUGGAACAAGACAGCGCCAUCCUCGUGUUAGAUUUGGAAAAGUACAUUUAUACAAUAACUAUACCAGAAACUGGGGCAUUUAUGCUGUUUGUGCCAGUGUAGAGUCACAGAUCUACUCCCAAAGCAACAUAUAUGAAGCAGGGCAGAAGAAGAUUGCAUUUAAAUAUCUUUCUGAGAAGGCAGCUGACAAGGAGAAAGCAAGGAGUGGCAGCAUAAGGUCUGAAGGAGACUUAUUUGUUACUGGGACUCAAGCAGGGUUAAUGACUGAGGAUGGUGAAUGCUCUAUGUUUCAUCCCAGUGAAUAUUACCCCACAUGGACAGUAGAACCUCCUACAGAUAGCCUUAAACAGGUUCUCCAGCAUUGUACUGGAUGGCAGUGUGUUCCACGGCCAGCCGAUCAGCCACUAGCUGCACAGUGAUAUCGGGGUGGAGAAUAUCUAAUACACUAAACUACUAUGGUAGUGACUUAAUUUAUUUCCUGCUUCAAUACCUUUUGCUUGUGUUGCUAUAUGGUAAAUGUGUAAAUUUCAAUCAAUGUGUUUCUGAGCAAUAAUAAGAAGAAUGAAACAGAUAAUAAUGUAUUAUUAUUAUUUAUCA